GGGACUUUAUACUGAUGCGGUGAAUUUGUUAUAAGUCUUCACACUGCGCACGUUAAUAUCUGACAGGGAAAAAAAAGUUCCACGAAUGUUGGAUUAAAACUGUAGACUUUAUCCGACUCAGUGUGUGUUCAUUAUGUCGGAUGUGUGAAAACCCGGACUUUGACUGAGUGUGUUCAUUAUGUCGGAUGUGUGAAAACCCGGACUUUGACUGAGUGUGUUCAUUAUGUCGACCAACGCCAGUCGGACUGUAGUGGACGCGGGGACCAAUUCUCGCACAGGUGCGCGAUCUGACGCGAAGGUCGACUCGCUGCGUCACUCGUCUUGGAGUCUCUCCCCUCCCCCCUCACCGGACAUGAAAAGAUCCGAGUCGAAGAAAAGUGACGACGACGACGAUGAUAUUUUCGAUGUCGGCGUCAGCCCAGGGGCGUCAGCGGCGUCACCGAAAGCUCCCACCAACAACGUCGUCCGGCGUCACGUGAAGCAGCGUCUGUCGGACGACGGCUCGUCCUGCACGGUGAAGAGCUCCUCCCUGGCCUCCAUCAGCGAGGAGGAGGUGCUGAGCAUGUUGGAGACGCUGGGGGAGCGGGAGAUCAUGUCUGCCAUGCCGCCCUGCGACUGUGACGAGUGUCUGCUGCAGGACCCUCAGCCCGAGACCCCCGGCCUCAAGAAGCUGCUCAAGCGGCAAAGCUCAUGGCGUAAAAUUCGUAGUUUCAUCCUGUGGUCUCCAUUCAUUCAAGUUUUCAAAAAACACAGGUACCCAUGGAUCCAGUUAGCUGGGCAUCAAGGAAACUUCCAUGCUGGGGAGGCAGGUUCAGUGUUGAAGAAGUUAGACCCCAGGGAACAAGUCUGCUUUCAGAAACUGAUGCUAGACACACUCAGAGAUUGUGUACCAGAGUACAGAGGCCCAGAAGAGAAAAAUGGAGAAACAUACAUUCAGCUGCAAGACUUGUUGUGUUCAUUCAACCACCCCUGUGUCAUGGAUGUUAAAAUGGGGGUCCGGACAUAUUUGGAAGAUGAGCUACAAAAAGCCAGAAAGUCUCCAUCUUUGAGAAAGGACAUGUACCAAAAGAUGAUUGAGAUUGACACAACAGCCCCCACCACAGAGGAACAUGAACAAAAAGCUGUGACCAAGCCCCGCUACAUGCAGUGGAGAGAUGAAAUGAGUUCUUCUGUUGAGCUUGGUUUUCGUGUAGAGGGCAUCAAGAAAAGUGAUGGGAAUUCCAGUAAAGAUUUUAAAAAAACCAAAACAAGAGAAAACAUUGUUGAUAUAAUUAAAUCCUUUGUUGGAGAUAAUGAAACUAUUGUGGAAAAAUACUUACAAAGGUUAAAAUAUGUUAUGCAUACUCAAGAAACAUCUGAAUUUUUCUCUUCACAUGAGGUCAUAGGCAGCUCCUUGUUAUUUGUUCAUGAUAUGGAUGAUAAUGUUGGUGUUUGGAUGAUUGACUUUGGUAAAACAGAACCCUUGCCUGAAGGUGUGAAGAUCAAUCACAGAGACAACUGGGUGGAAGGGAACCACGAGGACGGCUACCUGUUCGGACUUGAUAACCUGGUUUCUAUUUUUGAUGAAGUCCACAAGGGCCUUAAAUCAAGUGCUGUAUAAUUGUGUGUUAGUUUAUUGAGAAUGAUAUUUGCAGGCUGGAUGUUUUAUUUUUAAGUAUGCCUGUAAACAGGCAAUGUAUAAAUGUAAUUUGGGGUUGAUGCUUGCAUAUGGUGUGUCAGAUUAUUGUAUCAUUGGAUUUAAAAUGUUUCAAAAUUUCUGUAAUAGUUAAAAUAGUUUGCUAUAAAGAAAAGCCUGUAAUAUAACCUUGUAUUUGUAUAAUUCAUCAAUUUGGUUACAAAAAUAAUUGAAUUUAGGCAUUAUUUAUGUCAAAAUUCAUUAAUAUAAGGGAAGUAAUGUACUCCAAUUUUCCUUUUCAGUCAGCAAAAUAAAUUUAACAAGAAAUUUGUUCUAAAGUAAUCCAAAAAAAAUUCUUUACACAUCCUGUUUAUUAAAUAUUUAUGAUCUCUUUUGAUUAUAUAAUUUUUAAAUCCAUGAAUUGUUUAAUAUGAAUUAUUUAUUCUAUUAAUAAAAUUCACAUAAUGUAUUUAAGGCUUUGUAGGAGUUGACCAUACUAUUGUUUAAGUUAAUAAAUAAGUUCAAUAUAAUAUUGUUAUGGCUAUGAUGAAGUUUUAGUAAGAAUUCAAGGCUCAAAUCUUAAGUUGUGCUCAGGUUGUGAGAAGUAUUAUGUUUACUGUAGUUGCUUAUUUGUGCAACGGUGAAAUCUUUUAGGUUCUUUCUAAAAAAUACUAGUUAAAACAGUAUUACAAUCUCAAAAAAAUAAAUACAAUAAAUAAAUUGUUUACCUUGGGUUUUUUGUGACCAAAAGAAAUGUUAAUUUGUUACAUUACAUUUUUAACAAAUAUUUAGAUCUCAUUUUCUUAUUAUAAAAGAAAAUUUCCUGGAAUUAUUACUUUCCAAGUAGUGGCAUUGGCCCAGAAAACUUUCACAGGGGUCAUAAAUGUGCAGUAGUAUUAUAAAAACUUGUUUUUGUAGUCAUUGGCUAGAUUUUCUCAUCCACACAAAAAUGGCUACAAACUAGGCUUAACAAGAUCAUGCUGAAUAUAAUUUAUAGGAUUACCAAAAAGGCAUAUGAAGUGUUGGCUUCAUAUGAUUAGCUUGAUUUAACAAUAGCCAGUAAAAGUUAAUCUUUCAAAAAUGAAAUGUCUGGUUGGUCUAUAUGUAAAUAGAAAUGUAGUCAUAUAAUAAAAAAACUAUUUUCAAGUUCUCUGCAUUUGUCUAAUGAUUGUGAUCCUUUCAGCCAUCUGGGCCAAUGCCAUUAUGUUCUUUUACAAACACUUACAAAUUAAUUUUUAAAAGCUUUUUAGGAACUUCUUUUUCUCUUUCAUAACAAUCACCAAAUUUCCCAUUUAAAGUUCAUACAUUUCAUAUGUUGUGAAAUAUGUAUUUAUAUGUAUAACAUGCAUGUAUAAUACGUAUAAAAAUGAGUAUUUGGUUCUGUACAUAUGUAAAGUUGUGUAAAGUAUAGCUCAUUUUUUUUACUGUGAUCUGAUGUGUGCCACCUCAUGUUUAACUUUUGGUGGCACAUGAUUAGCUGUCACUUUCUAUAGCUGUUUACGAUUUUUCUAAACUUAGUAGAGAAAUAAAAUUUGCCCGUUUUAAAAUGAGUUUAAAUCUCACUGAUAUGUGUCCAAGAAUAUUAAAAAUGUUUAAAAGUAAAUAUUGUACAAAGCAAAUGGCUGUAUAACUAUAUUUUUUAGAAAGGCUAUUAUUAUAUAAAUAUAUGCAUAUAUAAUUUAUAUAUUUUCUAUCAAGUGUCUUCUCUACAUGUAUGAGCUGAGAAAAUAAUUAUUUUCUGAGAUUUCUUGUGUUCUUGUUUAAAACAAUUGCUUUAAGUCUGGGCUUGUAAAUGUUUGAAAAACAUCAGUAUUUUCUUUUUAAAUUUGUAAACAAAAAUAUCUGAUGCUUUGUGAAUUUUUUUUGUAUUUUAAAAUUUAAAAUGCAGAAAAAUAUUUAGUAUUUGCUAACCAGUCUUAAUAGUAAAGUAAUAUUCUUUUAAGAUUAUUUAAAUACUUUAAAUUUUGACACAUUUUUCUAAACCUUAGUGUACCAGUUGUCUUUUUGAAAUCAAAGUUUUCUAACAACUUCUUAAUAUAUCAAAAGUAUCACAUUUUAAAGAUGUGCAAUUGAAAUAAACAAUUGAAAAAUAUAAUCUUGUUGUAACCAAUUUCUUUAAAUUGAAAAGCGUAUCUGUGAAAAGUGCAUGGCUGUGGAUAAGAUUACUGAAGAAACUAUUUUUUUUAAACUAUAUUCUGUAAUAUUAGAAAUAAAAUGACAAUUAAAAAACAACAAAGACCACAUUAAAAUAUUUUGUAUUUUAUUUUGAAUAAGGAAAAAUUUGAACAACAGUCAAAUAGUGUAGAUAAAAAUAAUGAAAAUCUGAUCAUAUGCAAAAAUAGCAACCAUGACGACAUCACAACAAGAGAAAGAGAUGAAGACAAAAAUACAUUCACACCAAAAGUUGUAUAUUCAGUGAAGACCAAAGAAAAACAUGCAUUAGUGCACACGUAUGGAGAGGAGGGGAGUUGUGGAGAAAAACUGACAGAAACAGGAGAGGGAAGGGAGGGGGGACCAAACCAUAUUACAUUAAAUAUCUCACAUCUAAACCUCACAUAAGAAUCUAUACAUCUGUUUUGGUGUUGUCCUUUCAUUUUAAUUUAUAUUGUCUAAUAAAUAAGAUAAAAUUCAGUAUAAUUCCUAGCCGAACUACUGUCAGUAAAAUUUUAACAGCAUAAAAAAUUAUCACUUUAAAAAAAAAGCACAUUUGUUGCAAAAGCUACUUAAGUCAAUGAAAAACAGUACACUGUUGGUUGCUGCUCAAAAGAAAAAACAAAUCAAGAACACAAAUUCAACUAUAAAAUUUUUAAAGAAAACAAAUUUGUUCUUUAAUUAAACAAAUAAUAAAUAUCUAAUUCCUUAGCAAAAAAAAAAUAUUUUUUAUACCUCUAGAUGUAUCACAGUUUUAGAAAGUAAACGCUAAACUGACAUGAACUCUGCCAUCGUUAAUAAUAGAGAAUGGUUUUGGGAAUGCAAACAAAGUUUUGGUGUUGAAUCAUUCAGCAUACUCAGUAAAUACAGCCACAUUGACAACUCAACACAAUAGUUACUCCUUUUAAAAAGUAAAAAAAACAACUAGACCCUGAAUACAUUGAAAUGAAAUAAAUUUUAAACUAGAAAAUGAUUUUCAAAUAAAUGAACUGACUAGGGGCUGUAAGUCUGACCCCAAACAUUCUUAGGAGUCAUUCAUUAAUGACCUCACACAAAUAGAAAGGGAUGUUAAGGGGUCAGCACUAGUAUGGAAAUGUGUAAAAUGGGAAGGGUGUGCUAAGGAAAAGUGACAGCAUCAAAAUGUCUUGUGUGUACUAACCUAAUUCAACUAGCAAAAUUUUAUGUUCUCUCUGGCAAUUUUACUGUUAAAACAACAUAAAUGUGCCGGUAGUAUUUGAUAUCAUUUAGUAUAGGGUGGAGGUAUAUAAACCAGACAACUCAUUAAUGGAGAAAUAAA